UUUCCAAUUAUCUCCGAAAUUUCUCAUUCUUACCCCCUCAUGUACACUAACCGACAAUGUGAUUAGUAAAUAAAUGAUAAAAACUCAAGUUCCUAUGGAUUUUGAGCUGUUCUGUGGAGCCAAACGCCGAAAAUACACUGCAUGAUGCAUUCAUUCACUGAUUCAUUCACAUUCAGACCACUGCAUGCCUUACCAUCUAAACCAUGAACUAAGGCAUGAUACAUAGGCCUACAAUUUUUUGACACAGUCAUGACAUAAUCCAAUGCCAUACAUCACAGGUAAAAUGACCAGGGAAAUAAUCCACACAUGACGUUGAGAAGCUUGUUCCGCCUCCGAUCCGUCCGAGUACUGUUGAUUAUCUUCAUCAUCUCCUGUGUCUUCCUCGUCUGUCUCAUUGCCCAUGACGCGUGCGACAUCGAAAAGGAACCGCAAAUCCAUCGGGAGUGGAGCACCAAAAAUGUUGAGGAUCAUCCAGAAUGGGGCGAACAUAAGCUAGCCAUUAUCGUGCCAUUCAGGGAUCGAUUCGAUGAGUUAUUAGAGUUUGUUCCACACAUGCAAAAAUAUCUUACAAAGAAGAAGGUUCGUCAUAAGAUUUAUGUGAUAAACCAGCAGGAUAGUUUUAGGUUUAACCGUGCCUCCCUAAUCAACAUAGGGCACCUAGAAAGUCGAGGAGAAUGCGAUUACAUUGCAAUGCAUGACGUUGAUCUGCUGCCAUUGAAUUAUGAUCUGAACUACGGUUACCCGGAGUCGGGGCCAUUUCAUGUUGCAUCACCUCAGCUUCACCCGCUUUAUCACUACCCAAAGUUUGUUGGGGGGAUUCUUUUGAUCUCAAAUAAACAUUUUGAAUUGGUUAAUGGUAUGACAAAUAUAUUCUGGGGAUGGGGUCGAGAAGAUGAUGAAUUUUAUGUUCGUAUGAAGAAAGCUGGACUUGUGGUGACAAGACCACAGAAUAUUACAACUGGGUACAGAACAUUUCGUCAUAUCCACGAUAGGCAGAGAAGGGUGCGAGAUAUGAAGCAAUAUUUUAAUCAAAAGGAGAUGACACGUCGAAUGGACAAAAGGACAGGUGUCAACAAUGUCAACUACAAGGUGCUGAGCAAAAAGAAAUUGCUAAUAGAUGGUGCGACUGUGACCAUCAUCAACGUGUCGUUAUCGUGUGAUAUCAAUAGUACACCAUACUGCCAAAUGCCUACAGAACCGCCCAAGAAAAAAGGCAAGAAACGCGGCAGGUGAUUAAGGAAAAGGGUUCACAGUCAACCACUAUUAAAGGCCAACGCCGUUCGUUAAAAAAUUGAAAUUUGAAAUUGAGUUUGAAAAGUUCCAAUUGCGUUAACACUACUGAAGUACAAAUUUCAACAUUGCCGUUGUGUAGACCGAUAUACAAAUACUAUGAAUACCAAGUUUCAACAAAUUUGUAAGCAUAAGAACUGCACUACGGCAUUGUGUGUAACUGCACUUCUAUUUUUCUGGACCAAACGUUAUGACGAACGGUGUACUCCUUUAAAAGCAGUCAACAAUCAUCCAUUAAAGUUUGGUGUAAAACUAUUUGGUGCAUUUUAAUAUGCCUUCUUGUUGGUUUUCAAAAUGUUGGAGUGAACUGUUGUCACAUCAGCAUAUUCCUAUUCUGAUGUGUAUUGAACCCAUGGGACACAAUCAGAAACUUACAGUACUUACAAUGUACACUACCAAUGGGUACAAUCAGAAAUUAAUAGCAAGCAACUCUAUGGUUUCUGGUACGGUGAAAUGAUGGUAUAAGCAAAAAAUUAAAGGCGUAUUUUAACAAGGGCAUAUUUGUACUAUAGCAGUAGGUUGGUUAGUUCUGUCUGUGACCCCUAGUCCUGCUACAGUUAUGUUAGUAAUUUAUGAUUUUAUUGUUCUUUCAAAUACUCAUAUACUCAUAACAAUUAUUCCUACUUUGAUCAAUAAACCUGUUUACUUAAAAAGCCUAACUCACAAACCCUUUACUCAAGGAAUGACUUGUCCAUGUAGCUUGUAGUGACCAUAAUGUAUGACAUAUGUUGUUAGCACGCCUUUCAAUUACGUGGAGACCUCUAUACACACUGUAUUUUUUUAGCCUAUUUUGGGGGACAUGUUUUUUUGCUUUUUAGCUUAAUUUGGGGACAAUUCAUCGCGCCAGUUUGCCUGAACAGCGACGUCAUAAAUCAAAGUUAGUGACUUAUCACCACAUACACCUGAAAAAUCUUAAUUUUAGGGUAAAACUAUAAAAUAAGGCCAUUUGGAUGAGAUUUGGUUAUAUUAGGGGUAAAAAAACGCUUCAGGUGUCAUUUUAUUUACAAAAAAAAAAGAAAAAAAAAAAGACCUAAUUUGGGGACAUCCUGUACGGCCUACACCGUUUUCGGUGUAGGAAUCAUGUAAUUGAGAGGCCUGGUUAGUUGUGAAAUCGGAGGUGAACAUCAUUACUGAAGAAGCCAUUGUGGACAACAGUAAAACUGUUGACAAUUUCCAGUAAAUUCGAAUCCAGUUAACAGAUGGAACUUCAUAUUGUUAUGGUUUAAACUUUGCUCAGUACUUAUAAAUUCUAGAGCUACGAUCCAUGACUACUGAUACUGUAAAUUGUCAAAUUUUUGCUGGCACAUAUUUUCUCAAGGAUUUUGCAAGUAAUGUUAAAUACCUGCAAAUUUAAAAAUCGUUAAAUUUUUUUCAUACACGUGAAAGAAGAAAGGAAUAUUAUAAUCUGCCAAGACAAAAUUAAAAAAAUGUGUUGGUUUACAGUACAGUAUUCUGAUUUUUACAAGUAAAGGUGGACAUGCUAUUGAUUCAGAUAUCUAAUUUGUACUUAAAAUUCUGCUGAUGAAAAUGAUAACUCAUAUCUGCUCUGCUCUUGCCAGUAUUUUGCCUUGGAACAAAUAACAGUUGACAACACUUUAGCUCUGAGCUUUAAGCUUCUAUCAUGUACUAACAGUUCGGUGUCGAAGAAAGGUUUUUAGAAGAGUUUCGUUCGUCCCAUUCCCAAUAUUUUGUCAUGUGAUGGGUAUAGUUGACAUUUAUAACAUUAGAAGUCGCAAUAUUCAUUGAACAAAUCCAAUUUUUUUUCUCUCAAAAGCUUAUUUCAACAAAUUUCUCCCAAAUGGUAUAAUGAUAUACAGUAGAACCUCUCUAUUAAGGACACCCUCGGGACUGACAAGUGCUGUCCUUGAUAAAGAAGUCUUCUGAUUAGAGAGGUCAAAAUGAAUGUAAAUUACCUAUUUGGGACCAAAACUAGCGUCCUUAAUAGAGAAGAUGUCCACUAAGAAAGGUUCUACUGUACUUUUUUGGCCUUGUCACAAAUUGGGCGUAAGGAAUUGAUAUCGAAGUAGAAGUAUUGGUUGGAGGUAUUGUAAUUUGUUGCUCAGGUGGAGCUGAAAUGUUGGCCAAAACCUUGGCUCUUCCUCAGUUUUGGUCCGGAUUUCAGCUCCACCUUGUGGUUUUGGUGAGACAAUCAAUACCGACAGUGAGGUAUCAAUUUCUAUUCUAAAACAUCUCAAAUUACGCGGUUAUGGUUGCCUAACCAUAACUGCUGAAUUCAAAAAGAGGCUUCAUUUGCGCACAGUGCAUCUACACUGUAAACAGUAAACUGCAGUUCGUUCCAAAUCCAGGUAUUUUAGAAUAUUUAUUGGAGGCCUCCCACUUUAAGAUCUGAUAAUUUUUCUGCUGAGUUUGGGAAAGUUAAUAUGCAUUGUAGAUGUCUGUAUAUGAUGUUGUACCCUACCUGGGUUGGUUGUUAUACUUUUAUCUAUCUUUAGUUUGUUUUGGUUUGUGAGGUGGAAGUACAUACUAGUGUUCUCUGGAUGUUUCAGAUUGAAUUCUACUUAUUGGGUACAAAUACAGUAGAACCUCUCUACUAAGGACACCCUCGGGACUGACAAGUGCUGUCCAUAAUAGAGGGGUGUACUGAUUAGAGAGGUCAAAUUGAAUGGAAACAACCAAUUUGGGACCAAACCUAGUGUCCUUAAUUGAGAGGUUGUCCUUAAUAGAGAGGUGUCCGCUAAGGGAGGUUCCACUGUACUUGCACCUAUUAUAGCUGGUCUCAAUAUCAUCUCAUUUUCAUUCUCAGCUUUUCCUUAUUUCAUUGACAUGGCUCACAAUCUCAAAGCAUGUAUACUGAAAACAAAAAUAAAGUUGACUUUGCCUAAUAUGUUUGUUUUUGCUUCAAUGUACAGUAGAACCUCUCUAUUAAGGACACCCUCGGGAUUGACAAGUGCUGUCCUUGAUAGAGAGCUGUCCUGAUUAAAGAGGUCAAAUUGAAUGGAAAUAACCAAUUUGGGACCAAGACUAGUGUCUGUCCUUAAUAGAGGGGUUGUCCUUAAUAGAGAGGUGUCUGCUAAGAGAGGUUCUACUGUAUUUUGUUUCUAUUUAGUUACGUUCAGUUUUCAUUUUGAUGUGUAUUUUGUUGCAUCUGUGUCCUUGGUUUGUUUUGGUUUGUUCUUGGUGGAAGACAAGAUCAUGUUGUGUUUGCAUUUUGUUAUCACUAGGGGUAUUUCCAGUUCGUCUUUUUAUCGAAAUCGUUGAGGUUGAUGACAAUACAUGUAUAUGGUGAUCAUACUCUGGAAAACCACUUUCCAACUUGCCGGGAGUCAGAAUUCAUCAAUCCUGGGAGUAGUUUUAUAUCAGGUACAUGUGCCUGGAAGUAGUUUUAUAUCAGGUACAUGUGCCUGGGAGUAGUUUUAUAUCAGGUACAUGUGCCUGGGAGUAGUUUUAUAUCAGGUACAUGUGCCUGGGAAGUAGUUUUAUAUCAGGUACAUGUGCCUGGGAAGUAGUUUAAUAUCAGGUACAUGUGCCUGGGGUAGUUUUUAUCAAGUACAUGUGCCUGGGGAGUAGUUUUAUAUCGGAUACAUGUGCAUAAGAGGGAAACAUUUCUUACUCCUGCUUGUCUGUCUUUGGUGUCUAAUGCAGAAGACACAAUACCAACUCGUGUAUUUCACAAAAGGGAAUCAAAAUUUGGUGCCAUUUGUUGCCUACAAGUGUUGUGAUAUCUGUAAUAUAAGGGCUGGUGUCAUUUUUGUAUCAUAAUGCAAAACAUUUGUUAAAAGGAUAAUCAGGAUCUGAGCCUUGCCAACCACUGCUCAUAUUCAUCACAUUGUUUGUUAUGUAUCUUCUGAGUAAUGGGAAUAAAUUAUU